GAGGCGCGGCUCGCGCGGGCGCGGGCGGCUGCGGAGGAGGAGGAGGGACGACUGCGAGGGCUGAGGGCGGAGCGGGCGGCGGAGGAGCAACAGCAGCAGCAGCAGCAGCAGAAGCAGCAGCAGCAGCAGCAGCAGCAGCAGCAGCAGCAGCAGCAGCAGCAGCAGCAGCAGCAGCAGUCUAAGCAGCAGCAGAAGCAGCAGCAGCAGCAGGCAGCAGCGCCGCCCAGACCCCUGUGGUCGCGGGGCGCGUCGGCAGCACCGUCCUGCACUGCGCACCCGCGGUCCGAGCGGCAAUACCAAUCGCUGCAGCGCCAGCGCGGCGCAGAUGCUGGCGCCGGCGCCGGCGCUCCCACAGCGCCCGCAGCGCCCGCCGCCAAGGCCGCGGCGGCUGGGCGGGCCGCGAACACGUCACCAAAGAUCCGCACGGCUCCUGUCGCGGAGCGAGGAACGCCCGCGGUCGCCAGCCCCCGGCCCCGGCCGCCGCCACUUUCGCGGGCAGACGGCGCGUGCGGCGGCGGCGCUGCGGCUGCGACGGCGGUGGCGCCUUCACCCGGCCUCAGGCCGGGCAGCACCAGCCCAGGGCGCGCGGCCAGCCCUGGGCCCCACGGCGCACGGCGCACGAUCGCGCCCGGCGCCCUUGGGGGCGCACCUGACAGGUAUCAAAAACACAUGGAGAGACUCAGCGCGGCGCGCCCCGAGGCUGCGUCCGCGACUCCUCCGGCCUCGGCCGCAAAGGCGGGGGCCACAAGAGGCCCGACGGCGCGCAUGUGGCACUGA